AUGAUGAAAAUUGCCAACGGCGAGAAUGUUGCCUCAGCAGCACCGAAUUGUGACUAUUGGAUCGAUGGCUCCAACAAAGGGAGCGUCCUGGAAGAUUACUAUAAUGUGGAAGCGGAACUGGGACGGGGUGCUACAUCAGUGGUGUUUCAGUGCAGACAGAAAGGCACUGAGAAGUCUUAUGCUGUGAAAAUGCUGAAGAAAACAAUAGAUAAAAAGAUAGUUCGAACUGAAAUAGGAAUUCUACUUCGACUCUCCCAUCCCAAUAUUAUUAGACUGAAAGAGAUCUUUGAGACUCCAUUAGAGAUUAACUUAGUCCUGGAGCUGGUGACUGGAGGAGAACUAUUUGACAGGAUUGUUGAAAGGGGUUAUUACAGUGAGAAAGAUGCUGCAGACGUUGUCAGACAAAUCCUGGAAGCUGUUGCUUAUCUGCAUCAAAAUGGAAUUGUUCAUCGUGAUCUCAAACCUGAAAACCUCCUCUAUGCAUCUCCAGCUCCAGAUGCAUUAUUAAAAAUAGCUGAUUUUGGACUUUCAAAAAUUGUUGAAGAACAGGUCACCAUGAAAACUGUCUGUGGGACACCAGGAUACUGUGCCCCUGAAAUCUUACGAGGCCAUGCCUACGGACCAGAGGUUGACAUGUGGUCAGUGGGAGUUGUCACCUACAUAUUACUCUGUGGAUUUGAACCAUUCUACGAUGAGAGAGGUGAUCAGUUCAUGUACAAGAGAAUUCUUAACUGUGACUAUGACUUUGUCUCCCCCUGGUGGGAUGAGGUCUCACAUAAUGCAAAAGAUCUGGUUAGAAAGCUGAUUCUUUUGGACCCCAAGAAGCGACUCACUACUUAUCAGGCACUACAGCAUCAAUGGGUAACAGGAAAAGCUGCAAAUUUUGUGCACAUGAACAAUGCGCAAAAGAAACUUCAGGAAUUUAAUGCCCGCCGCAAACUAAAAGCUGCAGUAAAAGCUGUUGUGGCAUCUAGUCGCCUUGGAAGUACUAGUCACACCAACAUUCAAGAUAGCAGCACCGAACUCAGUAGCUCAACUUACCAGCAGGGUGAAGCAGUACAAAAUGAAGAUUCACAAAAAAAGACAGAAAGUAAUCAAAGCACUGCUGGCGACAGCAGAAGUGGUGUAAUCGCUGGUGAUGUUAGCACUGGUAUAGUAAGUGAUGUUAUAGCAGUCACUGGCGGUGACAAUCUUAGUAAUGUUGGUACAGCUGAAGUAACCACUGAUGAAGUGUCAGCUGAUAGUAAUGCUGAAGCUGGCACUGAUGAUGUUAGCACUGGAGAAGUUAACAUUCAUGACAGCAGUCCUGGUGAAUUCACUGUUGGUCGUGUUGUUGCCAAUGAAAUGAGUGCUGGUGAAGUUAAUACACUGUAA